AUGACUAUUUCAAGAUAUCCUAAAGCUGUGGUCUUCGAUUUAGAUUACACGUUAUGGCCAUGUUGGUGUGACACCCACAUUACCACACCAUUAAAGUCGGUCUCAAAAACAGAAAUUGUAGACCGUACUGGGUUUAGUUUGUCAUUUUUCAGAGAUGUCGAGUCAAUUAUUUUGGAGUUGGUGGAGAAUGAUGUUCGAAUUAUUGGUGCAAGCCGAACUUAUACUCCUGAUGUUGCAAAGAAGUUACUAAGUAUGUUGCACAUAAACGAUCGACCAGCAAUAGACUACUUUGAUACUUUGCAGUGGGGAAAGGGCUCAAAAACACGUCAUAUACUGAUGGCAGCCAAACAGUUAGACAUGAAGCAGGAAUUGGAAGAUGGUGAGUUUGUUUUAUUUGAUGACGAGAGGAGAAAUCGAGACGUGUCGUCAAUUUCGUGCUACUUUGUUCAUAUUGAAGAUGUGUCUACUGGUUUAACGAGAGAUGUUUUCGUUAAAGGUUUAAGGGACUGGGAUAAUAAUAGAAAUAAAUAG